AUGGACGCCAAAAUACGUGUGAUAAACGAGAAAAUGCGGAAUAUCUACGAUUCAAAUUGUGAAACUCAGUUUAGCCGAAAUCUCAAAAAUCAAGUGCUGGAUGAAAUUGAGCAAGAUAUUCGGGAAUAUUCGAAGGGAUUUGUGAGUUACUUAAAUAAAUGCUUCAGCCUAAUCCUUCCUCAUUUUCAGUUCUCGAAAUCAUUGCUCAGCUUAACAUCAAUCGUGCCAUUCGGAAGUUUUCCAUCAAACAUUUCAAAACUAACAAGUGACUUGGAUAUUCUACUAAUAAUUGAAAAAACUGGAGUUAAAGAAGAAGAACAAAAAUAUAAUAGUGCUAGCGGAUUUGGAAAACAGAGGAAAAAUAAGAUUUUGAAAUUUGUGGCUGAAGAAUUGUGUCGAAAUCGAGGAGUCUAUCGGAAUAUUAUGCAUAUUGAUGCGGCGAAAGUGCCGAUUGUUCGCGGAUUCAAAAAUGAUGUGCAAUUCGAUAUUUCAGUGCAUUUUGGCAAGAAUAUGCCGGGAUGUUGUAUUGCGACACGGUAUAUCAACACGGUUAUUCAGUAAGGGGUUUUGGGGAAGGGUUUUUUGAAGCUGGAAAAAUUAGGGGGUUUCUAGAAGCUAUCUCAGGAAUUUUUUUGUACGAGUUCAGCACGUUUUGUGCAUUUGUACGCGUUCAGUCCUAUUAAGUACGCUUUCAAACUUAUGCGUGUACACGAUCAGUCUUUUUAGCUGUCUUAUAUCAGGAACUGAACGCGUACAAAUGCAAAAAAGUUCUGAACGGGUACAAAAAAGGUGCAGAACUCGUACAAAAAAAUUCCUGAGAUGGGAUUUUCUGGAGCAUUUCCAGAAGCUUUGAAAUUCGCUGACGCAUUUCCAGAACCUUUAGAAUUUGCUGACGCUUUUCUAGAACCUUUAAAAUUUGCUGACGCUUUUCUAGCAGCUCUAGAAUAUGCUCGAGGCUUCUAGACAUACAUCGGUAUGCCCGGCAUUUCGUCCGGAGGGGGUCUGGCUAACUUUUGAAAAAUAGGUGGGGGACCGGCGAACUUUUUGAAAAUUAAGAUUAGUUUAGACAUUAAUUUUUUUUUUGGAAAAGUCACACUUUAAACCCCAAAGUCCAACUUCCAAAAUAGGAAAUCGUAUCAAAUGAGUGUUCAUAAACAAGAUCACUAGGUCCCUUCAUUCAAAUUGACUCCGAAAAAUUUCAUUCCUAAAAGUCUACUAAGCCCCCCUGACCCGAAACUGGCCGAAAUGCUAUUUUUGCCUCAAAAUCACACUUCACACCCCAAAAAUCAACUUCCAAAAUAGGAAAUCGGAUGAAAAAAGUGUUCACAAACAUGCUCACUAGGUCCCUCUAACGAAUUUAACUCCAAAAAAUUUCAGUCCUAAAAGUCUACUGAGCCCCCCUGACCCAAAACUACAAAAAUUGCUGUUUUUUACCUCAAAAUCACAUUUAACACUCGAAAAGUAACUUCCAAAAUAGGAAAUCGGAUCGAAUAAGUGUCCACAAACAUGCUCACUGAGUCCCUUUAUACAAAUUAACUCUAAAAAAUUUCAUUCUUAAAAGUCUACUGAGCCCCCCUGACCCAAAACUACCAAAAAUGCUGUUUUAGCCUCAAAAUCACACUUCAAACCCGAAAAUCCAACUUCCAAAAUAAGAAAUCAUAUCAAAUAAGUGUUCGAAAACAUGCUCACUGGGUCCCUUUAUACAAAUUAACUUAUGAAAGUUUCAUUCUAAAAAGUCUACUGAGCCCCCCUGGCCCAAAACUAAAAAUCGGUCGAUUUGUCCGGCUGAGUCGGUCGAAAUGACCGGGAGGUCAUCUUUUCAUUAAAAUCGCCUUUAUUUUGCUUCCUGGAAGGAUUCAGACAACUCCAAAUGGUGUUCCAGUGUCUUGUGUAAAUUUUGAAGUUAUUUGAUUAUCGUUAAACGAUUUUUUUCCUUUUUUCGGAUUACCACAGUAAUUUUUUCUUUCGUUUUCUCUCAUUUAUUUUCUUUCCCCCUUUUCUAUUCAAAUUCUUAUUGAAUAUUUGACAGUGCGGGAGAGAAAGCGGACAUAGAUCAGGCGGUAGAGUGCUCGCCUACCGUUCGUGCCACGCAGGUUCGAGUUCUGGCGCCGGCGAGAAGUUUUAUUUUAUUUUUCUCUCUUGUGGAAAAAAAAAGGGGGGGGGGGUGGCUAACUAUUAAGUUUUCACGUAGGGGGAGCGGCUAACUUUGAGGUCCUGACCGGGAGAAACCGAUGUAUGCUUCUAGAAAUGCGUCAGCAAAUUUUAAAAGCUUCUGGAUAAGCGUCAGCAAAUUCCGAGGCUUCCAGAACCUUUAGAACUUGCUGACGCUUUUCUAGAAGCGGCGAAACUUGCUGACGCUUUUCUAGAAGCCGCGAAACUUGCUGACGCUUUUCUAGAAGCUUCGAAGUUUGCUGACGCUUUUCUAGAAGCCUCGAAAUUUGCUGACGCAUUUCCAGAAGCUUUAAAAUUUGCUGACGCCUUUCUAGGAGCUUUGAAAUUUGCUCGAGGCUUCUAGAAAAGCGUCAGCAAAUUUUGAAGAUUCUAGAAAUGCGUCAGCAAAUUUUGAAGAUUCUAGAAGCCUCGAAAUUUGCUGACGUGUUUCUAGUAGCUAAAAAUCCAAUAUUUUCAUCUUCCAGAUUCUACCCCGACUUCCCAAUGCUCCACAACUUCCUCAAAUCCUGGCUCGCCACUCUUCCAACUCAAAAACCCAACUCAUAUUCCCUCUCACUUCUACUAAUCCAUUUCCUCGAAACCCAACAAUACAUCCCAAAACUUCACAAAUCUUACUCUCGAUUUUUCGCGCCAGAAAAAGCAACAUGGGAUUUGUCACCGCUGAUUCCGCAAAACGUUUCGGAUUUGUGGAAAUCGAGAAAUCGAAAAUCACCGGCUGAAUUAUUUAUCGAUUUUUUAUUCUACUUCAAAUUUCAUCCGAUUGCCAACAAGAUAAUUGACAUGAAAUUGGGAAAUGUGAGAAAUAAAAAGGAACGAUCUUUUGCCGGACUUUUUAUCAUUGAUCCAUUUGAUCCUCGAAAUCCAGGAAGAACUAUGCGAGAUACAUUGGAAUUUCAGAAAACAUUGAAUGAAACUUUGGAUAUGAUUAUGCAAUUCAAUGGAGAUCCACAAUGUCUUUUUAGUGGACUUUAA